UAAUCGUAAAUUCAAACGACGAUCGUUUCAAUCAGGGCUAUUGGAAAAUCCCUAAAUCUUUGAGAAAUCCCCAAAAAUUUCCAUCACGUUAUUGGCUUAAUUUUCGAAAUUCUUGUCUAAAAUGGGCAAAAGAGAGAAGAAGUUGAAGACUACAAAUCUAAGAAAUCGAUCAGAAGAAGACGAAGAAGGAACGACGCCGCCCCAAACUAUAAUUCUCGACAGCGAUGACGAUGAGGAUACUGAAGCCAACGAGGAUCUCAGCUUGAAAAUUGUUGAGAAAGCAAUGUCACGUAAGUGUAAUAAAUCUGAUUCCGACGCCGUUGCCGGAGACGUCAUCGUUUUGGACGACGAUGAGGUAGUUAUGAAUUUUAAGGAUGAUAUGAGUAAGAAAAAGGAGAAAAAGAGGAAGAAGAGUAAGAAGGUUGAAGCUAAAAUUGAUUCUGUAUCAAGUGAAAAAGAUGCUACUUUCGAGAAUUUUUGCAGCGAUUUGUUUCUGGUUGAUGAUGUGAAGGAAGAAGAGAAGGGAGAGAGUGUAAAAGCUGCAGAGCUUGGGGAUAAAGCUGUUAAAACAAAUCCUGUUGAGGUCUCAGAUAAUGCUGUGCUGCGAAAGCUUCUUCGGGGCCCUAGAUAUUUUGACCCUCCAGAUAGCAGUUGGGGUACAUGCUAUAAUUGCGGUGAAGAAGGUCAUACGACUGUCAACUGUACCUCAGCUAAGCGCAGGAAGCCUUGCUUUGUUUGUGGAAGUCUAGAACAUAAUGCUAAGCAAUGCUCAAAGGGGCAAGAUUGUUUUAUCUGCAAAAAGGGAGGUCAUCGUGCAAAAGAUUGUCCAGAAAAGAGCAGCGGGGCAUCUGAAAACUAUAAGAUGUGUUUAAAAUGUGGUAAUUCUGGCCACGAUUUGUUUUCAUGCUGGAACAGUUAUUGCCCUGAUGACCUAAAGGAAAUUCAGUGUUACGUUUGUGGGAGUUUUGGCCAUCUUUGCUGUGUAAAUUAUACUGACGCCAGUCCGAGAGAAAUUUCUUGUUACAGAUGUGGUUUUUCUGGUCAUACUGGUUUGGCUUGCACAGGUUCACAGGGAGAGACAAGUGGCUCAGCACCACGUAGAUCAUGCUACCGAUGUGGUGAAGAAGGACAUUUUGCACGUGAAUGCACUAGCUCAUCCAAGGGUGGCAAAAGGAAUCGUGAGUUAUCAACCCCCAAACAAAGAAUUUCCAAGGAACGUAGGAGUCGUAUUGAGGUUAGAUCUGCUCCUAAUGAUAUUGGCAAGGCACGUGAAAAGAAGAAAUCUAAACGUGAUCACGGAGUCAUGUCGGCUUCUAAAUCAAAACCAAAGCAUGGUUGGAUCACUGAAGAUCCUGGAGACUUUCUUGGUAGUAAACCCAAAGUAGCUGGUUGGAAAUCUCCUGCAACCCCCAAGUAUAAGAGAAUUAAUGUUUCUAAUCAUUAUGCUGCUAGUAAUGCAUCAACUUCUUAUUCUUCUGCAAAAGCUUAUAGGUUGAACUAUAGAAAUUCAGCUUCGCCUGGGUCAGCAAACUUUUAUCAGCCCAGAUUUUUGGCGUCACGGUUUGACAAUAGCAGUAGCGGUGGGAUGAGAAGAAAUUAUGAUAGGUAGGAGAAUACCUUUAUGAGCUGUGCUCUAUGUUAAAGUCACGCACUUUGUUGGAUGACUCCCUGGCUAUUGAACCGGGCUGCUGAAUCCUUUGAUAAUGUUUAUGAGCAACAUAUACCUUUGGCUUUUCGGUCUGGAGUCUGGUUAGGGCAGGAUAGGUGGAUUGCUGAAGUUUGUAAUUGUUUGGGGUUGAUCAAUCAUCAAGAAUUACUGGGAUAGUAAAAAUGGUGGAGAAGUGAAAGCUGAGCUGCAGCACCGUAAUCGCAGAUGAUUUUAUUGGCAAAUUACUAAGAUACCGCAGAUUAUGUCAUUGGCAGUUCGUAAGAUACUUGAGAGAACAUUAUUGGCUGUUCGUAAGAUUAGCCCUUUCUUCUUCGAGUUCUAAUGUUUUGCCUUUCAGACGUAAAUAUCCUCUGAACGUAUAAUUCCAUGAAAUCUUAAUCAUGAGCAUUUUGAUGCUUUUCUCCUGUAGCCAUUCUGUUGUACUAGGUUCUUGUAACUUUGAUAUUUUAAGCCCUUUUUGGCUUAUUCAUGAAUCUUCUUUUUACUCAUUUCCUGCUCAA